AUGGACCUGGUGGUCCAUGAGCAUCUUUAUGAUGGGGAGAAGCCCCACAAGUGCUUGGAGUGUGGGAAGAGCUUCAGCCAGAACUCCCACCUGAUCAAGCAUCAGAUGAUCCACACAGGGGAACGGCCCUUUGAGUGUGGGGAAUGUGGGAAGAGCUUCAGACGGAGCUCCCACCUGAUCCAGCACCAGAUGAUUCACACUAGGGAACGGCCCUACGAGUGUGGGGAAUGUGGGAAGAGGUUUCAAAUACGCUCCACCCUGAUCCGUCACCAGAUGAUCCACACUGGGGAACGGCCCUACGAGUGUGGGGAAUGUGGGAAGAAGUUUCCGACCAGCUCCGAACUUCUCGUGCACCAGCGCACGCACACAGGGGAGAGACCCUUCCACUGCCCCGAAUGCGGGAAGGGCUUCAGGCAAAACUCCCAUCUUGUCAGGCACCAGCACAUCCAUACUGGGGAGAGGUCCCAUGAGUGUGAGGAAUGUGGGAUGAGCUUCAGAGACAGCUCCCACCUGCUCCGCCACCAGAGCAUCCACACUGGGGAACGGCCCUACGAGUGUGGGGAAUGUGGGAAGAGCUUCAGACAGAGCAUGCGCCUUAUCCAGCACCGGAACAUCCACACUGGGGAAAGGCCCUACAAGUGUGGGGAAUGUGGGAAGGGCUUCAGCCAGAGCUCCAGUCUGAUCUGCCACCAAAAGAUCCACACUGGGGAGAGGCCCUACGAGUGUGGGGAAUGUGGGAAGAGGUUUCUCACCAGCUCCCAUCUCCUCGUGCACCAUCGGAUUCACACAGAGGAGAGGCCCUUCCGCUGCCGUGACUGCGGGAAGGCCUUCAAGCAGAACUCUACCCUCAUCAACCACCGAAAGAUCCACACUGGGGAGAGGCCCUACGAAUGUUCCAAAUGUGGGAAGAGGUUUCCCACCAGCUACAAUCUCUUACUGCAUGAGCGCAUUCACACAGACGAGAGGCCCUUCCGCUGCCCCGACUGCGGGAAGGGCUUCAAGCGCAAUUCCGCCCUCGUCAUCCACCAGCGCAUCCACACCGGGGAGAGGCCUUACGCUUGUCCUGAGUGUGAGAAGAACUUCUCCAGGAGGUCUCACCUCAGGGUCCAUGAGCAGGUUCACAAUGGGGAGAAGCCCUACAGGUGUGGGGAAUGUUGGAAGUGCUUCAGCCGAAACUCAGCCCUGAUCCGCCACCGAAGGAUCCACACUGGAGAAAGGCGCUACGAGUGUGGGGAGUGUGGGAAGAGCUGCAGAGACACCUUUGACCUGAUCAACCACCAGAGGAGCCACACGGGGGAAAGGCCAUAUGAGUGUGGGGAAUGUGGGAAGAGCUUUCAGAGAAGCUCCACUCUUCUGAAGCAUCAGCGGACACACACAGAUGAGAGGCCCUAUGAGUGUCCCAAAUGUGGGAAGAGGUUUCAAACAAGCUGCCAUCUGCUCGUCCACCAGCGUAUUCACACAGACGAGAGGCCCUUCCGCUGCCCUGACUGCAUGAAGGGCUUCAAAUACAACUCCGACCUCGUCAAGCACCGGCGCAUCCACACCGGGGAGAGGCCCUACGAGUGUGGGGAGUGUGGGAAGAGAUUCACCCAGAAGUCGAACCUGAUUGUCCACAAGAGGACCCACACUGGUGAGAAGCCCUACGAAUGUGGGCAUUGUGGGAAGAGAUUCAGCCAGAGCUCUGAACUGAUGCUUCACCAGAGGAUCCACACAGGGGAGCGGCCUUACGAGUGUCCCGAGUGUGGGAAGAGCUACAGCCGGAACGAUCACCUGAUGAUCCACCAGAGGAGCCACACCGGGGAGCGGCCCUACGAGUGUGGGGAGUGUGGGAAGAGGUUUCAAAGCAGCUCAGAUCUCCUCGUACAUCAGCGGAUUCACACGGAUGAGAGGCCCUUCCGCUGCCCUGACUGUGGGAAGGGCUUCAAGCACAACUCCACCCUUGUCACCCACCAGCACAUCCACACUGGGGAGAGGCCCUACGAGUGUCCCCACUGUGGGAAGAGCUUCAGCCAGAGCUUGGAGCUGGAGGUCAAUGAGCAGCUCCAGGAUGGGGAGAAGCCCCACAAGUGCUCGGAAUGUGGGAAGAGCUUCAGCAAGAGAUCCUACCUGAUGCGCCACUGGAGAAUCCACACGGGGGAGAGGCCCUACGAGUGUGGUGAGUGUGGGAAGAGCUUCUUAGACCACUCCAAGCUGAUUGUCCACCAGAGGAGCCACACCGGGGAGAAACCCUACGAGUGUGAUCAAUGCAGGAAGAGGUUUCAGAUCAGCUCCACUCUCGUCAGGCACCAGCGCUCGCACACAGAUGAGCGGCCCUUUCGCUGCCCCGACUGCGGGAAGGCUUUCAACCGUAAUUGCACCCUCAUCAAGCACCGGCUCGUCCACACCCGGGAGAGGCCCUACCAGUGUCCCCAGUGUGGGAAGAGCUUCUCACAGAGCUCUCACUUGACCAAACACCAACGGAGGCACCACAAAGGAAGCCCUGCGAGUGCCCCACAUGCAGGAAGAGCUCCGUGCGCUGCUCCAGCUCCAUCCCCCAUGGGAGGAUCCUCGCUGGAUGAUUCCCAGUGACCCCGGGUGAUCCGUGGUGCCGGUGAUCCCUGUUGGGAAGUCACCUGCCUGCGGGGCUCCACGUCCUCUUGUUUCCCCAUGGGCACCUGGACACAUCCACAGACCAACAUCAGAAAUCCAUUGUGGAGAGCAGAUUUGCUGACAUCUGACCCCAGAAAAAUCUCACCUUUUGCAUCAUCUGGUGGCAUUAAGCAACACUGGAUUGUCUUGGAGGUCUUCUCCAACAUAAAUCCAUCCUCUAUGGCCCAUGGCUGUCUUUCACAGCCCAGUGGGGAGAGACUGGGGAAAAACCCACAAUUUUGGACACAGCGGGGUGGAAAUCCCUCCAAAAAAGGUUCUUCCCACCCACCCAAGUGUUGAGAUCGGCAGGAGAAAUGCGGCGUGCAAUAUGAGUGAUCAGCAAGUCUCGAAAGUUUAUUGAACAGGCACACAUAUUUAUAACAGUGUUAAUAAGGCUAAUGCAUAUUGCAAAAAGCGAGCUCAUUAUUGGUUAGUUGUUUAUCAGCUAACUAUGCCUAUAUUUACAUUCUUGUGGCUACUUUGUUGUGGCUUUUCUUAUCUUUUCUUCAUUUUCCUAGCUAAGGAACCUCUCCCACAACCUCAUGUUGCAGCAAGGGCACAGUGACCUUGCCGCAUCUGGACACUGAUUCCCGACUCCUAUCCUCGUCUCCUUCUUGUUUAACUAACGGUAUUAUUCCAGCAUGACCUUUGUCAGCUAGCUAACUGUCCACAAAAUCCUCUACACCCAAGGACAUGGAUGCUCUGCUGACAGGGACAUGUAAAUAUUUUUCUUUUGGCCUUCAUUUUCUUUUCCUUUCUGUUCAUCCCUUUGAAACUCCUGAAACUGGGGUGAAAAUAAAGACAUUGAACGAAGGCAUGGAUGGGGGCAUGGGAGGACAAUGACAUGGAUGAGGACAAGGGGAGACAUGGAAAUAGAUGGGGACAUGGGCGACAGACAUAGGUGGGGACAUGGGGGGAUACAGACAUGGAGAGUGACAUGGGGGUGAUGCCCUAAGUUUUAGCCUUCAUAUUUUUCAGAUUCUGCACUGCCUUGGUGUGUAACUCUGAACUUUGUAUUAAUUAUUAGUAAGUUCUCUUCACAGGAUAGUUAGACAAAACAAUCCUUCUCCAGCUUGAGUAGCCAAGGACAACUAUUACAGCCUCAGGCCCAAAAACCAUAAACAACAGUGAAUUGAAGGGAGCAAACAAGGAGGAUGGGACUUCAUAACCUGAAGCUAUAACUGGACAACUAACCCCAGUAUGUAAAUAGUUAUUUACCAAACCAUUAUUUAUGAAAGUGUGAAAAACUUAUAAAAGUGUGAAGACUCGUGACCGGUGGUCCAUCUUGUGUCCGUCUUGGGCAGAGCCCCAGCCAGGCUGUUGUACUGCCCAAGGUAUAUCCUUUAAAAGCCUUUUAAUAAAUACCUGCUUUAUUCCUUUCACUCUGUCUAGCCUCUGAUCCAGGUC